CUGCUUCAAAACAAACAAUUCAAUGUAGGCUGGCAUUUUGUGUUUAAGAUGGAUUCUGAAGGUUAUAUCCAGGUCAAUAAUCAAUUUAAUUAGAAGAACAACUAAGUAUUGAUUUUUCUCAGUCAACAAAUAACUCGCCUAGUAGUCCCUCUGAAGUUUGAAAGGAUUAUAUUCGGAAUUCUGCGGUCUUUCGCCUCCACCAUUAUCUUAGUACUCUGUGUCCGGUCGGAGACUCGCUUUUGUGUUGUGGGGCCAUCUCUUAAACCGGAUUUUAUUUUAUCGGUUUGGAACUCCACACGGAAACCAUUAAGUAAAUGGUUUGCUAUUUGUGUAUCUACAGUUUAACCUGUUGAAAACAACAAUGCUGUGUUGGGAAGAGAGGCUUGGAUUUCUUGCUAUAGUGUUCAUGGAAUUUAUACUUGUAUAUAACGUUCAUGCUUCGUCUGGAACAAUAGGUGUUAUCAACAAUAUUUGCUCCCACGAACAUCCGGAAAACACCACUUUGGGAACGUCGACAUUAGAACUGCAGAACACCACUAUCAACGUCAUUUGGUCCCAGGCAGACUUCACGGAAUUAUACCUGGUUCUUCAGAAAGUCAAGGAGUUACGGAAAAACCAUGCGGACCUCGUUUACGUUAAUUCAACAGAUCAUAGCAUUGUAAUGGCUAUAUCAAACCUGAACAGCACACCUGCUUUACACCUGAAUGACGUCAAUCAAGAAACUGUAGAGAAUCUUGUGGCCCCGGAGAGUUACUCCCCCUGCCAAGAGACACCUCCUAAAGUGGAGGACUCACCCACCGUAGCUUGCUCGGCUGUUGCUUUUGGCAAAAACAUCUUUGACGAGUUUGGAAUUACUUUGAUGGUUUCCAGGAUUUUAACACAUCUGCAGUGGACAUCAACUUUUGCAUUUUUUGAAAACUCUACAGCUCACAACAUCGAUAUGAUUUUGGAAAAAAUAAACGAAAUCGGGAUCAAACAUCGUACAUUCAAUGUUGACAAUUUACGUACGACAGAUGACAUUCUCCAAGUACUGGAUAUAAUCCACAGAGAAGUGGUAGAUAGGAUGGUCAAUAUCACUAUUGUAUGUCACCUAGACUGUAUCGAGCGGAUUUUGAAACAGGCAAACAAGUACGACAACUUGCCAGCAAACUUCCGGCGGACUGCUUUGCGGGACCACACCUUUUGGUUCGUAGUGACCCAGUUGCCUGGAGACGAAGCAGAGUUCAUCCAGUCCUCCAGUGAGCUAGACAACGUUUGUGUUUUGAACAUCAAUGUGACAACCGAUGAGUCCGCUUUAGAUCCAAACAGUUAUCUUGAUCAGCAGAAAAUAAUCGAUCAACUCGGGAACAUCACGACCCUUGUACAGAGUACAGGAUCUUCUUCAGCCAUCCUAGCUCUGAAGAAUUAUAGCCAGAGUAUAUUCAGUCCCGUGUCUUGUCGGACUUAUCCGCUCUCAACUUUGAUGUGGAAGGAAAAUCCUGAAAAUGGAACAUCACUGAUAAGACAGCUGGAAAAUGUUGGAUGGGUUGAGGUUAAUGGGAGGUUUCAAUUCGAUUCCAAACUUUACCCAAAUGUCGAAUUUGGAUUCAAUAAAAGAAACUUUCUCGUUACAACAACUUGGUGGCCUCCAUUUACCGAGAGAAUUCAGGAAAAUGGACAAACAAUUGACUAUGUGGGUUUCUGUGCUGAUUUACUGAAGGAACUUAAGGAGGAAUUAAAUUUUACUUAUACAUACACGGAACCAUCAGACAACGAAUUUGGGAGCAUGUACGCUAACAAAUCUUGGAGCGGUAUGAUUGGUCAGCUGGAAAGACGAGAAGUCGACCUAAUGGUGGCAGGAGCUUCCAUUCAAGCAUCGAGGGAACAAGUCAUGGAUUUCACCCAUCCCUUCUACUACGAUACUACCACCAUCUUGAUUAAACGUCCGGACCCGGAUGAAAACAAAAUGUUCACUUUAGCCAAACCUUUUAAAAUCGAAGUGAUUGUGUGUAUAUUUUUUGUUCUUCCUGUAUCUGCGUUCCUGUUGUUUGUCAUUGAGAAGCUUUCUCCUUACUACAAGAUCCACGGACCUGAAGGCAGACAAAAUUACCAGAUGUCCUUCUGGUAUAUGUUUGGGGCACUUCUAACUCAAGGGGGAGAGAGUCUACCUAACUCCCAAAGUGGCCGCACGAUGAUCACGUUUUUCUGGUUAUUUUCUCUCAUCAUGGUGGCCACUUACAGUGGAAACUUGAUAGCCUUUCUGACCGUCACCAUAGAUAAAGCUCCCUUCAACUCUCUGGAGGAACUCGUAGAGCAAGAUGAUUAUAAGUGGGGGAUUCUUGCAGGGACGUAUUUUGUAACUUGGUUUCAGGAAUCACCUUUUGAACUACUUCAAAAAGUGUGGAGUGGAAUUAAAACAUUUAAUAGAACAGAUACCGAUGUUUUAAAUCCGGAUCCAAAUGUACAUAUCGAUAAAAUGUACAAAGAGAAAUAUGUGUAUAUUGGUGAUAAGUCUUACAUGGAAGUGAGGAAAGCUAACCGGUGUGAACUAAUAACUGCAACAGAGGAAAUUCCGAACAUGUCAUAUGGCAUUGGGCUUCCAAACAACUCCCUUUACACCAAGUUGUUCUCUGAUAAAAUACUUUCACUCCAAGAAGGAGGGAUAUUACAGACAUUCAAACAAAAACACUGGCCCCGUGAAGAGUUUUGUCACGGGUCGCUGGUGGCCGAGGCUAAAGAGAUACGCCUCAUUGACGUUCAGGCAGCAUUCAUUGUGGUCGGUGCGGGUAUCGCACUAGGGACCAUUGUGUUACUAAUAGAAAAGUUAGUGAAUCGUUUGUCGCUGAGAUUUUGCUUGAAGAAAGAAAAUACUCCGUGUAAGCAUAUUAAGACAGUUCCAACGAUAGAAAUGGAGCUGGACGAAGUAGAGAUUUCCGGAAUGUCUAAUGGUGUGUAUUCUGUGGAGGACAAUGGUACAAACAAUCACAUUAAUAACGGAUACUAUUCACAAAGUAGUCUGGAUGGAUAUUGAAGCAGUAUUGAUGAAAUAAACAUUGGUCAUAAUUCUUUAUAAUUAACACAUGUCCGCCAACAUAUUUUUUCAAAGCAUAGCUAGACUACGUAUUCAUAAAAUGUUGAGAAAAUAAACAAAAAGUACGAAAUAAAAUUGAACGCGUUAGUAAA